AUGUCUCAAGUAAGACCAGAACCACAAGUAGAAGUUCCAGCGGGUGAUUAUAAGAAAGGAGCAAAACUUUUUAAGGCAAAAUGUGCUCAAUGCCAUACAAUUAACAAAGGAGGAGCUGUCAAGCAAGGUCCGAAUUUACAUGGGUUUUACGGUAGGAAAUCAGGAGAAUCAGAUUUUCCUUAUUCUGAUGCAAAUAAAAAUUCUGGUAUCAUUUGGUCGGAUAAACACCUAUAUGAAUAUUUACUUAAUCCGAAAUUAUAUAUACCAGGAACGAAAAUGAUUUUUGCCGGUAUUAAAAAGGAAAAAGAAAGAGCAGAUUUGAUAGAAUACCUCAAAAAGGCUUCGUCGGAAUGA